AUGGAUGUUAUUAAACUUAAUUGCUUAGUCGAGGGAGACGACCCGUAUGACGACUGUUUUGAGGUUAAAAUCAAUAAAAAAGAGACAGUUAGCGCACUUAAAAAAGUUAUAAAAGAUGAUAAGAAACCUGAUUUUGAUAACCUCUCUGCGGGUAAGCUCAAACUUUGGAAAGUUGAUGUCUCCCUCCUCGGAUCUGAGAAGCUAGAUAUACUUGUUAACAAGGAGUAUGCUGUGAUCGAACAAAAAUUAGAAGGUACAAAGCUAUUGGCACCAAAUGAAGUUCAAGAUUAUUUUAAUGAACAACCCACUAAAAAAUAUAUACAUACUAUUGUUGAGCGAAUUAUUUCUUUUGUUGAGACCGAGGCUGCUCCCGAAAAUCACGAUCAACCUUUAGCGGAGACCAUACGUCAACAUAUCGACUAUCCUUCACCAUCAAUUGAUUGUAACUCAUUUUUUACCAGAGACGCUUAUGAAAGAAAUUCAUUUUAUUCCUUUCAUCGAACAUUAGAUGACUUGGUUAUGGAUGAUCAAUGUAGUAAAGAUGAAUCAAAUGAGAUAAAGCAAAAAAUAGAUGUACAGGUGAAUGAUAAUUUAAGAUUUCCCACUUUAAAAAGAAUGACUGAUUUGAUCUCGAUAAAAAGUCUGAAACCUAUUUCAUUACUAUCUGUUAAGGAAGAUAUAUCUGAAAAACAGUCUAAAGAGAUUGAAUCACAAGAGUCAGUAGAUGUAUCUGAAAAGCAGGUCAAAGAGAUUGAAAUUCAAGAUGUAUCUGAAAAGCAGUCUAAAGAGGUUGAGACACAAGAGUCAGUAGAUGUAUCUGAAAAGCAGUCUAAAGAGGUUGAAUCACAAGGUUCAGUGAAUGUAAUCGGUCCAUUUUUACUACUGCUCGAUCAACAAAGAAAGCAAUUAGAAAAAGCAAAUGCAAUUCGGAAUUCUAACAAUUCUGCGUCAGUAUCGCCCACAUUUCCUGUUCGACCGAAUGAUAAAGGGUCUUUUAUUGUUUUGAGUUUUUUAAAAUGUAGGUUAUUUAAAUGUUCUUUCCCGCAUAUUACGAAAGAUGAAUGUGAAAAGGCUGGUUAUAUCAAUUACUGUUUUGUAUUUGCUGACACGGGAAAAUAUGAUAACCGUAACUGUCAAUAUCCCCAUAUAUUUAGGGAUGAAUUAGAAAUACAAAAAUCUCCUGUGUCCUCUAAGCAUAAAGCGCCACCAGCACCAAAGAAAUCUGCUAAAAAGAAAAAGUCCAAUACACCAGAUGAUCUUUUAUAUAUUGCAAAUAACAUAAUUGCUACCGAAAUUAAAGAUUUAGAUGAUAUGUCUGUUCUAGAAAACAAAGGAUCUAAUACUACACCCGAUUUCAACACAUUACUAAAAGAAUUUAAUCAAUAA